AUGGCGGAUGACGAUCCCAAGCCCGCGGUGGAUGUUCCUCAGGUGUCCAUCUCCAACAAUGAAGCAUCAAACCCGCCAUCGCAGCAGAGCCAAGGGAACGACGUCGUGAUGGCUGAUGUGCCAACAGAUCAAGCUUCACCGGCACCCGCUGCCUUUGCACCAAGCCCUGCUCCUGGUCGAACAGGAACUCCGGCGCACGGCUCUAGAGCAGCUUCAGCGCACCCAGACUCGGGUUUUACGAUGCCCUCGGAGCCUGCUCUCCACGGUGAUUCGACAAGACGGUACUUGAAUACAAAGGUCACUGGUGCCCUGUUGGAGGGAAUGAAACUGCUGGCCAAAGAAAAGCCAGAGGACCCUUUACGAGUUUUAGGCGAGUAUUUGAUACAAAAAUCAAGGGAGCUGGAAGGUACAGGGUAA